CACACAGAGAGUCAGAGGCAGAGAGUGGAGAUGGAAUGAAAAACAAAUAAAACGCGCAGCUGAGCGCCCCAAAUAUGGCUCCUACGACGCUCGUCGGAAAGCUCGCCCAGUCCGCUUCACAGGAACGGGCUGUAGUGCACGAUGAGAGGUCUACUGUGCUCCACCGAGUGUGAGACCAGGAAGAAAUAUCACCUGACAGGCGGCCCUCCCCUCGGGGGACAGAAACAGACACCAUUGCUCCUCUCAACCUGGAAACUGGAGGCUGGAAACGGCUCAGUUCUACCGUGCGUACAGUGCGCCUCCUGUCCAGAGCUGGCUUCUCCUCACUUUCUCCAGGAGAUCCAUUACAAACCUUUCGUCUUUCUGGCCAAGUUGGGCAAACUUGGGCCCCCGGAUUCCUGUCAGAGAACCUGUCAGUGUUGAGUCCCCAUGCAGGGAGCCCAGUAAGCAACGUGCACUCGACUGCGGGGACUGGAAACGCAUCUUCGGUGUGAUAUAAUUAAAACUCUUGCAAAGUCUUUUUAAGUCUAGGGGCCACCACAGCGAAGAUGCCGGUCCGGAGGGGCCAUGUGGCUCCGCAGAACACCUUCCUGGACACCAUCAUCAGGAAAUUCGAUAGUCAAUGUCGUAAGUUCGUCAUUGCCAAUGCAAGAGUGGAGAACUGCGCCAUCAUCUUCUGCAAUGAUGGCUUCUGCCACAUGUGUGGUUUCUCACGUGCUGAGAUCAUGCAGAAGCCAUGCACGUGUAACUUCCUGUAUGGACCCGAUACCAAGCGACUGGCCAUCGCUCAGAUGGCUCAGGCCCUGCUGGGGUCAGAGGAGAGGAAAGUGGAGAUCAACCUUUACCGCAAAGAUGGUCACUGCUUCCUGUGUGUGGUGGAUGUGGUGCCAGUGAAGAACGAGGAUGGCUUGGUGAUAAUGUUCAUCCUCAACUUCGAGGUCAUGACAGAGGAGACAUUUCGAGGCCACAAAGAGGAGCUCAACCACCGCCUGCCCACCUGGCUUGUCACCGGUCGUCCACGAGGCUUUAAGCUGCGUCUUCCCCUGCUGCGCUCCCUAUCAAACAGCAAAGUGUCUCUGGACGACGCAGAGGCUAGUCAUAUCCCCACUGCUACACCCCUGCCGCUGCACCAAGACCAUCACAGUCGCGAGUCCCUAGGCCUAGGGGAGUUCCUGCCCCUUCCCCCUUUACCACCAGACCACCAGGAGCAAAUCAGUGGAAGCAGGUCAGUUCUACAGAGUUGGCCAGAAGACUUCCAGGAGGACCACCACACCUUACUGUGCUCUGACCAUCCUGUACCUCCUCCUCCCAACAGAGCCCACCUGGUGGGUCCCCUCACCCAGUCAUCCCCCUGCGUAGCGCCUCACCACCGCCUCAGCCUCAAUCCGGACGCCUCAGGCUCCAACUGCUCCCUGUCGCAUAGCCGCUCGCGGGAGAGCUUCCACAGCAUGCGUCGCGCCUCCUCUGUAGAUGAGAUUGAGGCCAUGAGGUCCGACUGGAACCGAAAGAACCGGAGAGCGAGUAUUCGGCUGGGGAGCAGCAGCACUGGUGCGGUAAACAGUAAAUCCAACAUAUUGAACUCCACGUCGGACUCAGACCUUAUGCGGUACCGCACCAUUUCCAAAAUCCCUCAGAUCACCCUCAACUUUGUAGAUUUCAAACCUGACCCACUCAUUGCCCUGCCCACGGGGGAGAUGGACAUCAUAGCUCCCUGCAAACUCAUCGACCGGACGCACCACGUCACUGAGAAAGUCACCCAGGUGCUGUCUCUGGGAGCAGAUGUGUUACCAGAGUACAAGCUUCAGGCUCCUCGCAUCCACAAGUGGACGGUGUUGCACUAUAGUCCCUUCAAGGCGGUUUGGGACUGGCUCAUCCUGCUGCUGGUCAUUUACACAGCCAUCCUGACACCCUACUCAGCCGCAUUCCUCCUCAAUGACCAGGAAGACGUAGCCAUGCAGAGUUGUGGUUACUCCUGCUCUCCUCUCAAUGUAGUGGACCUCAUAGUGGAUAUCAUGUUUAUUAUUGACAUCCUCAUCAACUUCAGGACAACAUACGUGAACACUAAUGAUGAGGUGGUGAGCCACCCGGUGCGUAUAGCCGUCCACUACUUCAAAGGUUGGUUCCUCAUCGACAUGGUGGCUGCUAUUCCCUUUGACCUGCUCAUCUACCGCAACGGAGAGGAGACCACCACUCUGAUUGGUCUGCUGAAAACUGCCCGUCUCCUGCGAUUGGUGCGUGUAGCUAGGAAGCUGGACCGCUACUCGGAGUACGGUGCAGCUGUCCUUUUCCUCCUCAUGUGCACCUUUGCCCUCAUCGCUCACUGGCUGGCCUGCAUCUGGUAUGCCAUCGGUAGCGUUGAGAGGACUGGUUCAAUUGGCUGGCUCCACACGCUAGGGGACCAAUUAGGAAAACACUACAACGACUCCAUCCCAGGCUCCGGACCAUCCAUCAAAGACAAGUACGUCACAGCUCUGUACUUUACCUUCAGCAGUCUGACCAGUGUGGGAUUCGGAAACGUGUCCCCAAACACCAACUCUGAGAAGAUCUUCUCCAUCUGUGUCAUGCUCAUUGGAUCCCUGAUGUACGCCAGUAUCUUUGGGAAUGUGUCAGCCAUCAUCCAGCGGCUUUACUCGGGGACGGCCCGCUACCACACCCAGAUGCUUAGAGUCAGGGAGUUUAUCCGCUUCCACCAGAUCCCCAACCCACUCAGGCAGAGGCUGGAGGAGUAUUUCCAGCAUGCCUGGUCCUACACCAACGGCAUCGACAUGAAUGCUGUGCUAAAAGGUUUCCCAGAGUGUCUCCAGGCGGAUAUCUGCCUCCAUCUGAACCGGACAUUGCUGCAGAACUGUAAGGCUUUUAAAGGCUCCACCAAGGGCUGCCUUAGGGCAUUGGCCAUGAAGUUCAAGACGACCCAUGCACCCCCGGGUGACACACUGGUCCACGCUGGGGACGUCCUCACAGCCCUCUACUUCAUAUCCAGGGGAUCCAUAGAGAUACUAAGAGGAGAUGUAGUGGUAGCCAUCUUGGGGAAAAAUGACAUCUUUGGCGAGCCUAUUAACCUGUAUGCUCGACCAGGUAAAUCCAACGCUGACGUGAGGGCUCUAACCUACUGUGACCUCCAUAAAAUCUUUAGAGAAGAUGUUCUGGAGGUGCUGGACAUGUAUCCUGAGUUUGCGGAUCACUUCUGGAACAACCUGGAAAUCACCUUCAACCUUCGAGAUACCAAUAUGAUCCCAGGCUCUCCAAGUAGUGAUGACUCUAACUGUGGGGGAUUCAACAAAUUGCGCAGACGCAAGUUAUCAUUCCGAAGACGUACAGAAAAAGUUGCAGAUCAGACCUGAAUAAUGAUCAGAA